UUUGUUUUUCUUUCUUCUUUCCUCUGUCUGUGUGCCCUUCUCCAGGAUGGCAGAAGCGGAAUUGCACAAGGAAAGGCUGCAAGCCAUAGCAGAAAAACGCAAGAGGCAGACUGAAAUAGAAGGCAAGCGACAACAGCUUGACGAGCAGAUACUUCUCCUGCAGCAUUCCAAGUCCAAAGUGCUUCGGGAGAAAUGGCUGCUGCAGGGUAUACCCGCUGGAACUGCCGAAGAGGAGGAAGCCAGGAGGCGGCAAUCUGAGGAGGAUGAGUUCAGAGUCAAGCAACUUGAAGAUAACAUUCAGAGGCUGGAGCAGGAAAUACAAACGCUAGAAAGCGAAGAGUCCCAGAUAUCUGCCAAAGAGCAAAUCAUCCUAGAGAAACUGAAGGAGACAGAAAAAUCCUUCAAGGACUUUCAAAAGGGCUUCUCCAAUACGGAUGGAGAUGCAGUAAAUUACAUUUCCUCCCAGCUUCCCCACCUGCCAAUCCUCUGUUCACGAACAGCAGAACCAUCACCUGGGCAGGACGGGACCAGCAGAGCAGCUGCUGUGUACGCCAUGGAAAUUAAUGUGGAGAAAGACAAACAAACAGGAGAGACCAAGAUUCUCUCUGCAUCUACCAUUGGCCCAGAGGGGGUCCAUCAGAAAGGAGUCAAGGUCUAUGAUGAUGGUACCAAAGUAGUGUAUGAGGUGCACUCAGGAGGCACGGUGGUAGAAAACGGAGUGCACAAGUUAAGUGCAAAGGAUGUAGAAGAGCUUAUUCAGAAGGCUGGACAAUCAAGCUUAGGAGGAGGGAACGUGUCAGAAAGGACUGUGAUUGCAGAUGGGAGCCUCAGCCAUCCUAAGGAACACAUGCUCUGCAAAGAAGCCAAGUUAGAAAUGGUACAUAAGUCUAGGAAAGAUCAUUCUUCUGGAAACCCAGGGCAGCAGGUCCAAGCCCCCAGCACUGAAGGGCCAGAGGCAAACUUGGAUCAGCCGGUCACCAUGAUUUUUAUGGGCUACCAAAAUAUUGAAGAUGAAGAGGAGACUAAAAAGGUGCUAGGCUAUGACGAAACCAUCAAGGCUGAAUUGGUCCUUAUUGACGAAGAUGAUGAGAAGUCAUUGAGGGAGAAGACAGUGACGGAUGUGUCCACUAUUGAUGGGAAUGCAGCUGAGCUUGUGUCCGGGAGACCAGUCUCAGACACUACAGAGCCCUCAUCCCCUGAAGGGAAGGAAGAGAGCCUAGCCACAGAGCCAGCCCCAGGUACCCAAAAGAAAAAGCGCUGUCAAUGCUGUGUUGUCAUGUGACCACUUAUUUCUUCCCCUUUCUUCUGGGCAGCCUCUGUACUCCACCACUCACGUAGACCUCACUGUACCACUAACUGCAAUACUGUGAACUGGAAGCAAACACCUGCCUUGCCUUGCAGUUGGAUUGCUUUGAUCUCUCUUAUUUUUUUUCCUUUUCCUCACCUGAGAGACAACGUGCAUGUGUGUGCUUCAUUCUUUCCAAGAACUUGCUUUUCCUCUAAACCUUUCCUUGUGUCUUCAAGAGUGAAUCAAUUCCUUACUGCUCAAUUGGAAUGGACUCUUCAUAUCAGCCAGUGAUAUAGUAGCCUUAACUCACUUGACUGGAAUUGAACCCGUUGGGACCGGGAGAUUCAUUUUGUAGCGUGUUCCUCUAAUGUAGUCACACACCGCCAUAUCCCUGGUUUCUCACUUGCCUCCCCUGCUGUGGAUCCUCUUAUAUCUUGUGUGGCAAAAUGCUGUUGGCUCUAGCUGGUUGCUAGUGUAGCCAAAAGUGGACCUUACUUAGUCUGUCCGGUCUAGGGUGAUGCUUUUGCUGCCUUACAUAAGCUUCCAGAUUACAGUAUUGUGCAUCUAUGGCUUUCCUUCUGUUAAAACGGUAAUGAAGUUGAUGAACCCAGAGCUUGUCACAGCUGAAAUGUAGGCACUGAUUCCAUAACCUGCCCAUUAGCAGCUGUCUCUUUUUCUAUGGCUUACCUGAUGAACCCUUUAUAUAAGAAGCACCAUUUAAAAAUUUCUAAGGACAUGAAACAAACAUUGUUUUAGGCAUCAGUAGUGAUUAAUCUCCAAACCUAGACAAAUUCGUGAGCCUUGUUUCUAUUCUCUCUCUCAAAAAACAAAUGUAACUUUUUAUAGCGUUUCCUUUUUCAUGGAUAUUUUCUGAUCAUGUUAAUCUAUUUUCAAUGAGGGGAUCAUUUUAAGAAGUAUCUCUGCAGUGACCAUAUUUCUAAAACAGUCUUUCUGACCUACAGUGGUGGCCACGAUGCUCCCACUUCAUCAUGGAUGGUGCUGUAACGCAUUAACUGUUCAUCUCGUGCCGGUUGGUUACAGAGCCUUGCAACUGUACUCUUUUCUUUCUGUCCCCAUGAGAAAGACAGUGUUUCAGGUAACUUCAGCUUGUAGGUUUUCCACCCUUCAGAAAAAAACUUUAAAAUGUAAAAAAAUUUAAAACAUUAAGAAAGACCUGUCUUCUCAACAUUUAAGUAUCUCAAUUUAUUCAACAAAUACUGAUUGAGCGGCACAUCACUGAGCUUCUUAAAUAAAGCAUUGCUUUCUUAAACUUCUGGAGAUUCUGGAAUAGCAAAGAAUAUGUUUUAUCUAGAACACAAUGAACAGUUCUUGAAAUACAAUUUUAGCACUCUCCCAAAACAAACAGCUACAUAUAUAGUAAAACCAAAGGGAAACAGUUAAGUAAAAUAACACUAAUAGAGUAAUGAAGUUAAUAGAUAACAAAUUAACUGAUUUUUAAUAAGACAUAUCUUAACUUUAUUUGCCCACAUGUUCAUAGCAUUGUUGCAAAUUGUAAAAUUAUGUUUCCACAGAAUAUAGUUUUGAAAAACACAUGAUCUAUAACAUCAAGUCUAACUUCUGUGGAAAGCAGAUUAGAAAGAAAAGGUAGUCUUGAGAGAAUUUUAUUAUAGGACCUAUUAAAUUCGACCUAUUUAGCUUGCUCAGAGCUAAAUAUAUAUAUUUUUUAAUUUUCUGGCUUGAAAUUAUAUUUAUUCCAAUUCAAAAGAUGAAAACACUAUUUUUUACUUUUUAACGUUAAUUUUUCUUAAAUAAUUACAUUUUAAUGGGCACAAAGUGAGUCAUUUUAUUGCCAAUAUAAAAACAAAAAAGUUAAAGAAGGGAAAAAUAAAGGAACUAAGUUCUACUUUUUAAGGUUAUUUUAUCCAUGACUUGGUUUUGAAUAACUGAGGGAAUUAUCUCUAAAUCUCAGGUUCACCAAAGCAGCUGCAAUGGAAUGAAACUGUUCUCUUAUCUAGAAACCUGGUUUUGAUGUCUAUAAAUCUCACUACUCUCAGCUUCAUUUUCCUCAGAACAUGGUCAUUUAAGCAUCAUUUAAACAUUAAAUACAAUGACAUGCAGAUAAACCUGUUUACACAGAAGGAGAAAAUAGUUUCAAUGUUUUAGACAAUCUGUUAUUUUAAUGAUUUAUUUAGGAACUAAACAAUCUAAAAGUUUACCAAUGCUUAUCCUUUUUUUUUUUUUUUACUCGGGGAUUAAAACUAUUCAGUCUGAGUUGUUAUAAGCACAGUGAUUGAGUGGCAUGGUAGAACACAGAAUCCUUGAGCUUGCUGUUUGAUAAACAGAGUCAGUCUUCCAGGAUAGAUAAUUCCAUGAAGUGACCUACUCUUACAUAAGUAAACUAAUUACUCAUGAAGAAAAUAAUGUGCACCCUUCCCUA